AUGAGACCCUUCAUCCCAGGAACCCGCAGGAACGCACGGAAGAAGCCCGAUGCGGAGUGGGAGGCACUCAAGUCGGACAUUCUUGAAAAGUACGAGACCCCCAUGUCCGUCGAGGCCGUCAAACUCUGGCUUGAGCAAGAACAUGGCUUCAUUGUUUCAAAUCGGCAGCUGGGCCGUCGAAUACGUGACGUGUGGGGGGUUAGAAGGUACAGACCGAACAGUGCUCGAAGGAGAUCUUCGCCCGAACUGCCGCCAGCCCAGGGAGAGCCUUCCGGCAUUGGCGCCGUGCCUGUCGAGGAACACGGAUCUGGCACACACGCGCCCUUUGAACAGCAAACCCCCAUUCACGCUCUUACUGCCGCGCCACGCUUCCCUCCCGCGUCUCCCGAUUCGCGGUCGUUUCCUGUGCAGUCGCAGCCCAGCGUCCCACAGCUUGAUUCCCCAGACGCCAGGCUUCGGUAUCGCAGGCUUGCUGAAAUACUGCGCACCCUCGGGGACGCCCACUCUUCCUUCAUCUUUCACGCUGCGUUGUGGGAUGUCGAGCAUUUGACACCAGAUAUCUACACGUGCGUCCGCACCGCUCAGACGCAGGCGCAGGCUGACAAGGCUCGGGAAAUGCUGGCUUCUAUUGGAGACAUCUGCUCUGAGGAUGAGGACUCGUGGAUUGCCGUCACCGUUGACCUGUUGUUGGCCCACACGUACGACCGGGGGCCGGAUCAGGUCGACGCCAUCGACCUUAUCAAGGACACCAUCAAAGAUAUCAUCGACGACAACCAGGGGCAGGCCAACCUCCGAAGGCUUGCCAAACGAGGUCCUCCCCUCGACGUGCCCGCUUACAGCAUCCUUAGCGCGGCACUGGCUCGGUACAAUCACUGCUUGGACCUUGAGCAUGGCGACAGGUUUAUCAACGCUCAAAGUGUUCUGGAGCAGUUCGUCGACCAGCACAUGACCACCGACCCUCGCCCUGACCUUGACGUCCUCCCGUCUUGCCUGCGAUGGUGUCGAGACGUUUUGCGCAGAAGCCCAGCCACCGCCCCUGACGUCGGCGGCGCUGACGAAAAUCCUGUCGCCGAGGCCUGCUCCGUCUUGUGCACCCUCUGGCAUUCGUGGCUGGCCUUCGGUCCGCCUCACUCGCCUCUCGACGUCGCCGCUGCCGACCGCGACCCUUCACUGGCGCCGACGUGGUCCGACAAAGUCGAGGCGCAGCUGGGCAUCUCCGUCACCGAGUUCUUGGGCGCAGUGGUCUCCAUGAUCAUGGCCGAGGCUCCCCGGCCUGAGAUUGGCGACGAGAAACAGCCAUUGCUGGAGAGAGCCCGUGCUGGCGCGAGCGAGCUUGCGGGUCUGAGCUCGGAGGCCCUGCUUCGGCGGUUCCUUGACCGGGUGCGGGCUAUGAACCAGCCGCUUACGGUCCCGCCGGACGGGGAGCACGGCUUUUAUUUCCAGAACGGCGCCGUCGAUACCGGCGUCAUUGCGCCUUUCCGGGACUUUGCCGCCAAGACUCUCGGGAUUGACGACCUGCCUGCUCUUGAACCCGGUGUGGUCGUGUGCCCUCUUGUGGCGACAGAUUCGGAGCAGCUUACGUACGACGACAUGGUCUGCCUCUUUGAGGACUUCCAGGGUGGCGGCCACAAUUACCAGCUGGGCUGACAACGAACAGGACUGCGAUGACGGCAGCAGCGAGGUCGGCGACGUGUCCAUGCCGUCCGGUUGGCGGAUGAUGUGAGCUGGAUGCUUAUUCUGUUGUGCGGCUUGGGAGGUGCCUCCAAAUGCUAGGCCUGUGUUGGUGUCUUGAGGGGCUGUAGACAUAUGGGUGAGGAUAGUGAAGAACUCGAAGACUUCUCUUCUCUCGUUUUAA